AUGCGAGAAAAAGAACCAUUGGUCGGUUCGUCCGAGUUUGGUCGGGAUGAAGACUCUACGGAAGCACUCUUGAAAAAACAUAACGCUCUCCUUGCCGAUAUUGAGGCAUAUGGUUCAACCAUUGAAGCUCUCGGCAUUCAAGCUAGUAGUUGCCGGAUGCAGGAAGCCCCAGUAAGUGAUCUACUCGGCAAAGAUGUAGUUAUUGCUUUAUAUGACUACCAAGAAAAGUCUCCUAGGGAAGUUUCAAUGCGUAAAGGAGAGAUCUUAACCUUGCUAGCCAGUAACCACAAAGACUGGUGGAAAGUGGAAGUGAAUGAUCGCCAAGGAUUUGUUCCUGCAGCGUAUGUCAAGAAAGUUGAGGCUCCUGUUUCUGACACUCAAGCUGGUUUAGCAGCCAAGCCACUUACUGUAGCGUCGCAGCAGCAACGUUUGGAGGAGCAAUACAAUUAUCUUCUUCAACUGGGUCGUGAUCGUCGAGAGAGGUUACAGGAUUCCGUCGAAGCCUACCAACUAGUUAGAGAGGCUAACGAUUUACAUCAAUGGGUAGUUGAGAAAGAACUAGUUGCUGUCACGGAGACCAUCGUUCCUGGAAGACUAGAGGAAGUAGAGUCAGAGAAAAAGAAGGUAGAUGAGUUUGUUAUGGAACAAAAGGAAAGAGAAGCUAGAAUAACAGAAUUGUGUGCCAAGGCAGAUAAACUCAAGCGAGGUGGCCAGACUGAAGCUGUUGAGAAGAUAGAAGGUAUUAUCAUGCAACUCCAAAAAAAGUAUGAACAGUUAGAAGAAGUCACUGCCAAAAAAGCUAAAGAAUUAGAAGAUAUAGAUGCCGUUCAACGCUAUCACAGAGAAUGUGAUGAAGCGAAAGAAUGGAUUGAAGAGAAGGAGAAUAGAUUACUAACAGAUGAUGUAGGUAAUGACUUCACAUCUGUUCAGCGUCUUAUACGUAAACAUGAUGCAUUAGAAAGGGACCUGGUAGCUUUGGGAGAAAGGGUUAAACAAUUAGAUUCAAAAGCUGCUGACUUGAUACAGAUCCAUCCUCAGGAUGCAGAAGCUAUAUGUACACAUCAAGAAGAGAUCAACCAUUUGUGGGAUGGUCUAGCUGCAACUGCUGAAAAACGAAAAGCCAAACUUUUAGAUUCCUUAGAUCUCCAAAAGUUCCUCGCUGAUGCAAGGGAUCUCCAGUCUUGGAUUAGUACAAUGAAUGGUUUGGUAUCGUCAAAGCAAGUGGGCACAUAUGUUACAAGUGCAGAAUCGUUGUUAGAUAGUCACCGUGAAUACCGCACGGAAAUCGAUACUCGUGCUCCAGCUUUUCAAAACUUCGAAUCCUUCGGUAAGGAGUUACUUGAUAAUGGACAUUAUGCUUCGGAGGUCGUACAGCAAAAACUCCAAGAAAUCACAGAAGCAAGAGAAGCUCUUAAUGUAGCCUGGCUAAAUCGGCACAAACUACUAGAACAAAAUCUAGAAGAACAGCUAUUUUUGCGUGACUGUGAACAAGCUGAGGAUUGGAUGGCUAUUCGCGAAGCAUCUUUAGCUGGUGAUGAUGUUGAUGGGAAUAAAGUUGAUGCAUUAAUAAAGAAACAUGAAGAUUUUAACCGUGCAAUCACCCUACAGGAGGUUAAGAUACAGUCUUUGAUGGCGAAUGCUGAUAAACUUCUGGAAGCUGAUCAUUAUGAUGCAAAUGCAAUUGAAGCUAAGCGUGGUGAGGUUUUAAAUCGUUGGACUCACUUAAAAAAUGCUAUGAUUGAUAAUCGUAGCAGGCUAGGAGACGUUCAAACGCUUCAGGCCUUCAUUCGAGAUGCUGAUGAGAUGGAGCUAUGGAUAAACGAAAAAAUGCAAUUUACAAUGGACGAACCUUAUAAAGAUCCUACCACAAAUAUUCAGGCUAAACAUCAGAAACAUCAAGCUUUUGAAGCAGAGCUCGCUGCCAACGCAGAACGUCUCCAAGGCAUUUUGGCAGCUGGACAACGUUUAAAGCAGAAGAAUCAAUGUAUGGGACAGGAAAGUGCCGUUGAAGAACGUAUCGCCAAACUCGCUAACCAGUGGGAUAAUCUUGUCAAUCGAUCUCACGAAAAAUCCGAAAAGUUACAGGAGGCCAAUCGUCAAGCUGCAUAUAAUGCUGGUAUUAAAGACAUUGAAUUUUGGUUAGGUGAAAUGGAAACAUCACUCGUUAGUCCCGAUCAUGGAAGAGAUUCAGCAUCUGUUGACAGUCUUCUGUCAAAACACCAGGUACUUGUUACUGAUAUUCGAGCCCAUGAAGAUCGUAUUAAGGAAUUAGAUGCACGCGCAGAUGAGUUUAUUAGGUCCGGUGCUUGGGAUGCUGAUAUGGUCCGUGAGCGCAAAAAAAUGAUUAAUGAACGAUAUGAAAAGAUUCUGGAUAUGUCAGAAAAUCGCGCUGUAACGCUUGGCAAGGCUAAGCGUUUGCAUGAUUUUUAUCGCAAUAUUGACGAUGAAGAAGCUUGGAUCCGUGAAAAAAAGAUUUUGGUUAGUUCAGAGGAUUAUGGACGUGAUCUUAUUGGAGUACGCAACCUACGCAAAAAGCAUGAACGAAUUGAAAAUGAGGUAGCAGCUCAUGAUCCAUUCAUCAAACAAGUUAUUGAACAAGGAGAGGAACUUACUGUUGGUGUUCAACUUGCUGAUCCUGAGGAAAUAAAAAAAAGAAUUCAGCGUCUCCAAAGCGCGUGGGAAGAAUUGCAAGGUCUUACAGCACUUCGACGACAGAAAUUAGAAGAGUCAUUGGCAUAUCAAGACUUUAUUGACGGAGUAGAAGAAGAGGAGGCUUGGAUUCUCGAGAAACAACAUUUACUUAGUAGUGAGGAUUAUGGUGAUACUCUUGCUGCUGUGCAAGGCCUUUUAAAGAAGCACGAUGCCUUCGAAACAGAUCUUAAUAUACAUAAUGAAAAGUGUAAAGAACUUUGUUUAACUGGAUCUGAUUUGGUGCAAUCUGAGAAUCAUAAUCGUUUGUCUAUUCAGCAACGAUGUGAAGGAUUGAUGGAAAAAUUGAAUGCACUCAAUCAGGCUGCCCAACGUCGCAAAACAAAUCUUACUGACAACUCGGCGUUUUUACAGUUUAUGUGGAGAACGGAUGUCGUUGAAUCUUGGAUAGCUGAUAGGGAAACGCAAGUACGUAGUGAUGAUUACGGGCGAGAUUUAAGCAGUGUUCAAAUUUUGCUGGCGAAACACGCAACUUUUGACACAGCGUUGGAAUCUUUCCACACAGAAGGAAUUCAAACAAUUACUGAACUUCACGAUCGCCUUAUCGCAGCAGAGCACAGUCAGAGUCCAGCCAUUAAGCAACGUUUCACCUCGCUAAUGGAUCGUUGGGAACGUCUACGUCGUGAAUCUGCCCGUCGCAAAGCUGAUCUCAUUCAGCUUCAAGAACAAUAUCGAAAGGUUGAAGAACUUUAUUUGGCGUUCGCUAAGCGGGCAUCAACCUUCAACUCUUGGUUCGAAAAUGCUGAGGAGGACUUAACUGACCCCGUGCGUUGUAAUUCGUUGGAUGAAGUUCAUGCACUUUGUGAAGCUCAAGAGCAGUUCAAAGCAUCUCUCAAAGCUGCAGAGGCUGAUUUUCAACAAUUAGCCCAAUUAGAUCGCGAAAUCAAAAGCUAUGGCGUUGGCAUGAAUCCGUACACUUGGUUUACAAUGGAGUCACUUGUGGAAACUUGGCGUAACUUACAGAAAAUCAUUUUAGAGAGAGAUGCUGAACUUCGACGUGAAACGGUUCGACAAGAGCAGAAUGACCAGCUUCGUCAACAAUUUGCAGUAGCAGCUAAUUCUUUCCAUCAAUGGCUGCAGAAAGUUCGAACAUCGAUGAUGGAAGCCAGUGGAACUCUAGAAGAACAGUUAGAAGAACAUCUCAUUCUGGAUAAUCGAUACACGGAACAUAGUACUGUCGGUCUAAGUCAAGCUUGGGACCAGUUAGAUCAACUUGCGAUGCGUAUGCAACACAAUUUAGAACAACAAAUCCAGGCUAGAAAUGUUAGUGGAGUAAGCGAAGAGGCACUUCGCGAGUUCUCUAUGAUGUUCAAACAUUUCGAUAAAGAUAAAUCUGGGCGUUUGGAUCAUCGCGAAUUUAAAUCAUGUUUACGUGCACUUGGCCAUGAUUUGCACGAGGUUGGAGAAGGUCAAGUAGAUGCUGAGUUCGAAUCUAUAUUAAACGUGGUGGAUCCUAAUCGUGACGGUUACAUAACGCUUCAAGAGUUUAUGGCAUUCAUGAUAAGUAAAGAAACUGAAAAUGUUCAGUCUCGUGACGAAGUCGAAGAAGCCUUCCGUGCAUUAACUAAAGAAGGAAAAGAAUACAUCACCAAAGAAGAGCUAUAUGCGAACUUAUCCAAAGAGCAGGCGGAAUAUUGCAGUCGAGUCAUGCCUCCAUACUACACUAAAAGUGGUCAGGCAAUUUUGGAUGCCUACGACUACCAAGCCUUUACGAGACAACUUUUUGUGAGCUAG